AUGCUUGCUUCUCUUCCUUGUCCUUCGAAUUCGGUCAAAUCGACAACCGACAUGUUUGACGACGACAAUUACACGCGUGGCUGGAAGGUUUGUCUCUUCUUUUCUUUUCGUUUUUUUUUUGCUUCUGUAGCCGUUCAUCCUUCUCCCACACUCUUUUCACUGGUUUCAAACAACGAUUAUCGUUGGAAGAUCCUCCUUUCUCCUCCUCCUCCUCCAUUUUUUGUUGCUUUUUCUCACUAAACCACCCCUAUUCUAUUCUUCUUCUUCUGAACAUCAUCUUGUACAGGAAGCCGCGUUGGCGGUCGAGAUGACGGCGUCUCCGCAUCACAACAACAAUCAUCUGACAGAUGCGGCGAUGCGCACGUUCAAACCGCCCAACUACGAUGAUGGUAAGAGCUGGUCCCUAGCUGAUAAUUUCAUUUUUUUUUCUAAAGUUGCCUGCUCGUCAAGCCGUUCCCGUCCGUUGGCAAUGCGACGCGAACGCAGUGAUCUCGGACCGUCUCUCGCUUCCAAUGGUGGAAUCAACUUUGGAAUUGUCGGAAAGAGCAACGCACAAAGAUUGGCAUUUCACAACGAGAGCAGUCCCGGACCGGCACACACGCAGUUUGGUGAGAAACCCAUAGGUGCGGGAUAUUUGAGAAACGCCAAAAUAUUCUUCUGACCUGUAAAGUCGGAAAUGCCCAGAUUGCUGUCCCUUAAGGACAUUCCAGCAAUCUGAACAUUUCCGACUCCCCUCCCACUCGCCUGUCCCUAACUGCCGGCGCGCAAUUCAAAAUACCUAUGGAGAAACCGUUUUAAACCAACUUUUAUUUUACCGCUUCCUGCAGGUCGCGUUCCGAUGACACCUCCGGCGAAUGCGGAGGUCGACUUUUCACUCAAAUCGAUUUGGCGGAGGCGUACCUACAAGUGGAAACCGAUCCGGAAGCGUCAGAACUUCUCUGCAUCAAUACGCAUCUUGGACUUUUUCGCUAUCAACGUCUGCCAUUCGGAGUGA